UUAUACACUAUUAAAUUUACGUCAUCAAGCUUCCGUAAUUCCUAAAUGAUUAGAAAUAGGUUCAUUAUGUAUUAUAUAUUUCAUGUAUUAUAGUGUUCAAUGUUUAAUGGGUGCAUAUUUUAGUGAAUGGCCGUAAAAUAAUAGCCUAAAUUUCCAUGAACUUUCCUGCUCCAAUUACGGAGUGUACAUAAAGGUUAAAACGUUCAAAAAUCUGCCGGCUAGAGUCCCAAACGAAGCCAAGAAUAGCAUAGUACGACUAGUGCCAGCGUUUCUGAACUGGUUUUGUGAAAUGGCGAAAUUGUGACUUCAAUCAAUUUUUACUUACGUUCGAUAUUACAAUUUUAUAACUAAAUAAUGCGAUUUUGUUGUUUCAAAUACUAAUUACUAUUUCAAAUUAUGUUAGUGUGGCUCUGAAAUUAUCAACUAUGACACGUGAAGGAAGUUGAUGGGGAUUAUACCCUAUAGUGUUGGUUUUCUCUGCUUAUUAUAAAAUAAUAAAAUUCUCCACGUAGAUAAAAUGAAUAACAACGGAGGAGGCGCUGGAGGUGGAGUGGGUAUGGCAGGAGGUCCAUAUGAGACCAAAAUUGCUGGGUUGUAUGACCUCCUGGAUACCCUGGGUUCUGGGCAUUUUGCUGUGGUCAAGCUGGCUCGGCAUGUCUUCACUGGAGAAAAAGUUGCCGUAAAAGUCAUAGAUAAGAGUAAAUUAGAUGAUGUUUCUACAUCACAUUUAUUUCAAGAGGUUCACUGCAUGAAAUUAGUCCAACAUCCCAACGUAGUAAGAUUAUAUGAAGUAAUAAACACGCAAACCAAAUUGUACUUGAUCCUGGAGCUGGGCGACGGCGGCGACUUGUACGACUACAUCAUGAGGCACGAGUCUGGCUUGUCGGAAUCUCUGGCCCGCAAUUAUUUCCGCCAAAUAGUUCGUGCAAUCUCUUACUGCCACAGGUUACAUGUCGUGCAUCGAGACCUGAAACCUGAAAAUGUAGUUUUCUUCGAAAGAUUAGGUGUAGUGAAAUUGACUGACUUUGGUUUUAGCAAUAAAUUUUGUCCUGGACAAAAACUAGAGACUUCCUGUGGUUCCCUAGCGUAUUCUGCUCCUGAGAUUUUGUUAGGGGACUCGUACGACGCGCCCGCUGUGGACGUGUGGUCGCUCGGGGUUAUCCUUUACAUGCUCGUGUGCGGGCAAGCUCCAUUCCAAGAAGCCAAUGACAGUGAAACGCUAACGAUGAUUAUGGACUGUAAAUACACAAUUCCACCGCAUAUAUCAACAGGUUGUAAAAAGCUAAUCGGGCGCAUGCUAGUCCGCGAGCCAGAGAAGCGUGCAACCCUUGCCGAGAUAUCCGCCGACCCAUGGGUGACCGGCGGCGAGUCUGCGCCAUCACACGAGUGUGACACUCCACUCGUGACUAGAGAACAAUUAUCCGAGGAAGACCGCGCUAACAUCAUGCAGAGAAUGGUCAGCGUGGCGACCAAGGAACAGAUAUUGGAGGCGCUGGAGAAGAAUGAAUACAAUCACAUAACUGCUACGUAUUAUUUGCUAGCUGAGAGGAAGCUUAGAGCUAAAAGGCAAGAAGAAAACUUGGCCCGAAGGCCCGAGGUGCUAGGUGUGUCGCGAGGAGGGUCCCGUUCAAACAAUCUGCUGGCGCCGCCGCCGCUCCCCACCGCGCCUCGCACACCACAGGAUGCUCCCCCCAGGUCACGAAAGUGCAGCAUAGUUCGCGAAGAAGAAGACGACGAGGAGAGUAGCCCCGGCGCACGCGUGGUGGACGCGCGCCGCGGCUCGCGCUCCGAGGGCCGGCUGCGGGUCGCGCGCCCGCCCGCCGCGCUCGCCGUCACGCUCACCCGGGUGAAUCUAGAAGAUAACCUGACGGAUCCUUCCUUGGCACCGACGGAGAGCUCAGAGGCGGCGCCGGCGGCCGCGGCGGAGAGCGCCGACACGCCCCCGCGCGUGCCCCCCGCGCCGCCGCCCGCGCGCCGCCAGCGCCUCGACGUGCGCCGCCGCCGCCCGCGCGCCGGCUCCUGCUCCUCCUCCGAUCUCUCCGACGACGACUCCGAGAAGAAGAAGCGCGCCGCGGAGCAGAACGACGCGCCGCCCGAGCGCGCGCGCCGGGACUCGCACGACGACUCCAGCGACAGCCAGGAGCGCGGCGCCGGCGCCGGCGGCCGCGGCGCUCGCCCCUCCGGCCGCGCCACGCUCGCGGGCGCGCCCGGCGCCGGCGCCGACUCCGGCGGCGGCGCGGCCGGCGACGCGCGCCAGCAGGGCGGCGCCACGACCGGCCGGCGGCGCCGCGCGGCCCGCAAGGAGUCCCGGUUGCGCGAGUCGCGCUCGCUCAACCGCAUCGCGGAGGUGGAGGAGGCGGCGGCGGCGCGCUGGGCGGGCGCCGGCGGGCUGGUGGCGUUCUGCGGGCGGCCGCUGCUGCGCCUGCUGGCGGCCGCGCGGCCGCAGCCCGCGCAGCGCCGCCUGCACGGCCUGUGCUAGCGCCGCCGCCGCCGCCGGGACCCCGCUCCGCUCCCGAGAGCGAGCCGAGCGUCCCCGGCGGACUGUUCCGGCGAGGACGCUCUGAAGACGAGCGACGACUCGCGCCUGAGCCGCCUCCUCGGGCUGGUGGCGCUGGACGCGCCGGCCGCGGGGGCCGUCGAGCCGAGUUUGCGAGUGUGACGGUCGCGCGCCCGCCUGCGACGACUCGCCCUCGCUAAAUGACUAACGGUCGUGUCGCCCACGAUUCGCUCCGCGUACCGCCAAAAGAUAGUUCUAGGUUAGGAAGUUUUAGUUUAAUCUAACGAUUGUCCGGUGCGCAACUGCCGUCUUGAACAAAGCAAUAAAUUAAACUUUACAUUUUAAUGAUUUCAAUUUUGCAUCCCCGUAUCGUUGUCGACUUAGUGAAUAAAGUUGUUAGACAUAUCGAAACGUGUCGAAAAGGUUACAUUUCUGCUAGGACGAUUAUGUCGGUGCGUUAUUUAAAAAAUAAUGAUUAUCGUCAGAAGGACGUCUUAACUAAAUGUGGUAUCGAAGUUGAUUAAAACGUGAUGCUGAUGAGUGUAUAUAUUAAAUUUGUAUUGUUCAAUCGGCUCCUCGUAAGCAUAACGUAAAAUUUGCGGUAACCCAACAUAACGAAACAUUUUCCUAUUUUAACUGAGGUCGUUCAUAGGUAAACAGGGUUACGCCAUUUUUAUUUAUUUAUUCUAUAUUAAAUCUUACAUUGAAUCAAACAGAAAAGUGCCGUGAAGCCCUAUCGGGUUGGUCCACUACAAUUUUCAUUUCACCGGUAGGAAUUGAACCUCAUCGUCAUCACAUAUGGAAAAGUACUGAGAAUUCAUAAAAGAAGUGCUGAGCAUAAACAUAGACCAAUAAUUAGAGAUAAAAUUAUAACUUGCUAGUAGGAUUACAGUCGUUUUUAUCGUUUAGAAUAUUUUCAACUUCCGAAAACUGUUGGUUACUAUGUAGUUGGUUUAGUAUGAAACUGUGGCAUUUCCUACAUGUUAGUUAAAUUAAAUUAGAUGUGUUUUUGUUAGGUUGAUUGGUUUUGUAAAUUGUAUGUGUCUUAAAAUGGGAAUGUUAAAUAUGAUAAAAUGUUUAAUGUAUAACAUACUAUCUGUGUACAUAAAUAUUAAAUUGUUGUAAAUAAAUAGUCUAUUUCAAAUAUAACGUUAAAAUAAGUACAGAUUAUUUAGUUCAGUUUGGUUUUUAUUACAAAUCUCAAGUUUGACUUGGGCACAUGGCUGGCAUUUGAUCAUUUUUUAAGGUUUUUUAAUGAAAAGUUCAUUUUUGUAAUUAUUUUUUAUCAUUUAUCACAACUUUUACAAAUUUGAUAUGGUUGACUACCAGCUGACAGAGGUCCAGCUCUUUAAACUCCGCCAUCGAAUCCACGGGUCACGGCUUGCGAGCCUCUAUUAACAUCGGUGCCGAUAUGUUUAGCUCGCAGUGAUGUGAUGCCAUUAUCAGGUUCCAUGAACCUCUAAAUGCUAUCUUGUGCAUUUCGAAACGUCUUUGUAGCAAUACCAAAUAUAUAUAGUUUUCCAAUAUUUACAUCCUUUCGCACUUCCGUUUCCAUUGCGAGUUGAAUGUAUAGUAUAAAGUAGUUUACAGUACAUAUGGGGCUACUUUAUAGCACUAGUGCGAGAAGUAGCAUAUUACGUUACUGUGUCGAACAUUUAAAGGGCUAUAUGUACUGUAAAACGUUGUACGAUACAUGUGCGAAUAGGUAAUUCGCAACUCGUGUCGAUUUAAAACACUCCCUUCGGUCGUGUUUUAGUUUAUCGCCACUCGUUUCGAAUUUCCUAUUUUUCGCACUUGUAUCGUAAUGUACUAUUAUAGUUGUGGGUCUAAAACUGUUAGGGAUUAAUUAACCCUUUACCGCAUGUGCAACCAUAAAUGGCAGUUAUGAUAUUCAACCCUAUUGGAUAUUAGAUAUUAAAGUUCAAAUGUCAAUUUUCUUGAACAAUCCACCUCUAUUUCAAAUUUUCUUUGAUAUAAUGGAUACCAAAACGAAGUUACUCUGAAUCUCAUAUCGGAUACACGAAAAGGAUGCAUAUAAAAUAUUAAUAUGGACUAGGGUUUCUGCUCAAGAAUUCUCGAGGCGGGAAAUCUCGAGAAAUUCGUCCUUCGCCGAGGCGGGAAAAAAAAGUCAAUGCCUCGAGAACUCGAGAAAUAAAUCUCUUGUUACAGUAAAAAGAAACGUGUAUAACACGUGUUGUGUCUAUAGUGUAUUCCUUUAGGUAGUUAAAUGUAAACAAUAUUUUUUUCCCAUUUUCAGGUACUUAAUCAUUUAUUAGUUAACCAACCAAAUAAUAACAACAGAUUUUCAUAUUAUGUAACUUUUGAACUACCACCAUCAAAUGUCUAAAGAAUUCGUCUUGUUUAAGGUUCAUUACUAUGCUUCCUAGAAUUAGAAAAAUGUUAACAAUCUUGACGCGUCUUUUAUUAAAAACGCUUAAAAAAAUAGUAACUAUUACUUAUGAAAGCAAAAUAAUGUAAGUAAUCGUUUAUGAUUUAUAAUUGUUACAUAUUUGCCGCGACUUAUUUUUCAAACGUGUUUUUCAAUAAAAAGACACGAAAAGAUUAGAUCGCUUAUCUUAUUUCUAAUGCUCAAAGACGAAUUACGGGGCCAUGUAAUAACAAAUAUUACAAAACUAAUUUACUAUUAAUAAAUCAAAUCAUCCCGAUAUAUUCCUAUAGGCAAAAUAGCUCAAUUUUAGCAGCAUUAUUGUUGCGUUGAGUAAGUAUAUUACGUAGUAAAUCUUCUGUAAGUUUGUCACAUCGAGUUAAAUUAAUUCACUUGAAUAUUCUUGCCUAAUAAAACACCAUGUUGUGGUUUGCUUAUAUUUUGUUAAAUACCUAAAGAAAUACACUAUAGCAUAUUACAUCGCCGACGCUCACGCCUGCACCUAUAGUUUUUUUUGGUUUGUUGUUGACUUAAACAUUUACCAUUUUUAUGAUUAUUGAUCUCACCUACGACUCCCAUGCAUCUGUUUUGUAAUAAAAAAAAAUUAAAAUAACAUCAUGUAUUUUGAAACUUUCAAAAUUUCUUGAGAUACUCGAGAAUAAGAAAUAAUGGUCGAGAGUUCCCGUGCCUCGAGAAAUAAAAAAGGUCGAGAAACCAGAAACCCUAAUAUGGACCUUACGAUCAAAUUUGGCACUUUGUAUGGUUGUCACAUGCCCUAACUUCAGUGGUGCAGUUUUCUGUUGUGCGAUUCGAAAACUUUUGAUCUGACCCUUAUAUAGUUUUGGUAAAUCCCUUUUAGGGUUGUAAUAAGAUGUCAUCAUGUGUGCUAACGGUAACUGUCGUUUCAUUUACCUAUUUUACGUACGUUAUUGUUGUACAUUUUGCGGCUUGCUAGGUUGGACUUAGAAGUAUGAAAUAUUUGACUUUUGUGUACCUCAGGGUGCUUUGAUACCUAACAUGAUAACGCAAUAAAAUAACAAGACCAAAGAUUAACAAAUCGUUUGUUAACUAACAACACUUUGUCCUGGUUGGUGCCAACGUCUAUACAAUUUACGAUUUAUUUAAAUCUUUCAUAAAUAAUGUACUUUGAGAUUGGACUUUUUAUUGGUGCUUGUUAUUUUAACUUUAUACAGGACACUUUUAAGAUGAUUUUUAAAUGUAAAAUAAACUAAAUUCUAUAUAUAGAAAAUGCAGUGAAGUGAAGGAGUGUAUUUAAUCGAAUUAUACGUACCUAUAAUAUCUAUUACUUAUAUACCUAAAUUAGCCUAGCGCCAUGAACAAAAUUACUAACAUACUCAUCAUUACAUUAACUUUGUGGUUUUCUGUGGAGUUCUGAAUGCCUUGCCAUUAUUUCAUUGUCGAUGUACGAUUGAAUAAUUUAUUGGCUGAUUUAUCAAAUAUAGUAGUUCUCUUUCUUAAUAAGCUUUUGAUUGCACUUUAUUCUUUAUAUCAUAGAUGUCAUAGUACUGUCAGCAGUGUCCCUGCAUAGGGACUGGCGCAUUGGUGUCGUGGUGCCUAUAAGUCUGUAGUACCUAGUGGCAGUUUGGGAACACUAAAUGCUUGAAUACAUUUUAAUUUUAUUUCUAUCUGUUAAUUCUGCACGCAUUGUAAAUGUAAAAUGUAUUUCUAUAGAUUAUCUACUGAUUUUAUUUUUCUACAGUUACUAUAACGAAGCUCUUUUCAAUUUUGUUUGUAAUUUAUUGCAUGUAAAAUGUACACCUACGUAUGGUAUUUUCUCCAUUGUCGAAGCAAUUAUUAAAUCAAUGGGGUUUUCAGUGCAAUAAUACAGAUAUUAUCCGAGCUUUGAAUUUAUACAUUUAUAUUAAAUUUAUACGAGUGGUUAGCUUAAGGCGUUUUAAACUGAUAUUCUAAUAACUGUGUACCUGGUUGCCAUCUGUAUUUGGCGUUAAUUAGGCUUUUGCAAUUGUCCACGACUUGUAGUAAAUAGGUCUUGUAUGUAUGUAUUUAUGUAUCAGUAAAUUUAUCAUGAUAUUAUUAAGUUUUAUUUGUAGAAUCCUUCAUUUGUCGGAGAUUCUAUAGGUAUUAUAUUUGAUUUCACUUUAAGGGCGAAAUCGUGUAUAACCCUCCACCCAGCUGUAUCCCUGAAUUAUUGUGGUUUCUAACAAUGAAAUACCUCUACGAAUAAAUUAAAAAAUCAAAUCUUCCAUGUUACUAAUGUAGCUUUAAAUUUGAUUCAAGUAAAACUCCGCAUGGAGGGAUAUAAAUGACCGCCCUCUCAUAUAGUUUUCUUGCCAGAGGCCCUUUUAGGAGAGAUUAAUUUGCAGUAUUGUGUGUAAUAUUAUUUAUUAAAUGUAUUUGUGUCUAACAA